AUGUCAUUGUCAAACAAAUUAUCUGUCAAGGACUUAGAUGUCGCUGGUAAAAGAGUUUUUAUCAGAGUCGAUUUCAAUGUUCCAUUGGAUGGUAAGACUAUCACCAACAACCAAAGAAUUGUUGCUGCUUUACCAACUAUUAAAUAUGUUGAAGAACACAAGCCAAAGGCAAUUAUCUUGGCAUCACAUUUGGGAAGACCAAACGGUGAAAAAAAUGACAAAUACUCACUUAAGCCAGUUGCUACUGAAUUGGAGAAAUUGUUAGGUAAAAAAGUUACAUUUUUGGACGACUGUGUUGGUUCAGAAGUUGAGAAAGCUGUCAAUUCAGCAUCCAAUGGUGAAAUCUUUUUAUUAGAAAACUUGCGUUUCCAUGCUGAAGAAGAAGGUUCAUCAAAGGACAAGGACGGUAAAAAGAUCAAAGCUGAUCCAGAAGCUGUGAAGAAAUUCAGAGAUCAAUUGUCAUCAUUGGCUGAUGUUUACGUUAACGAUGCUUUCGGAACUGCUCACAGAGCACAUUCCUCAAUGGUGGGUGUUGAAGUGCCACAAAGAGCUGCCGGUUUCUUGAUGUCCAAGGAAUUGGAAUAUUUCGCCAAAGCUUUGGAGAACCCAGCAAGACCAUUCUUGGCUAUCUUGGGUGGUGCCAAGGUUUCUGACAAAAUCAAGUUGAUUGACAACUUGUUGGACAAGGUUGAUUUGUUGAUCAUUGGUGGUGGUAUGACCUUCACUUUUAAAAAGGUUUUAGACAACAUGUCUAUUGGUGACUCACUUUUCGAUGAAGAUGGUGCAAAGAAUGUUAACGAUUUGGUUGCCAAGGCUAAGAAGAACAAUGUUGAAAUCAUCUUGCCAGUAGAUUUCGUUACCGCCGACAAGUUUGACAAGGAUGCUAAAGUUGGUGAAGCAGACGAUAAGGAAGGUAUUCCAGAAAACUGGAUGGGUCUUGAUUGUGGUCCAAAAUCUAGAGAAUUGUUUGACGAUGCUGUUGCCAAGGCCAAGACUAUUGUUUGGAAUGGCCCACCGGGUGUCUUUGAAUUUGACAACUUUGCUGGAGGUACCAAGAACUUGUUGGAUGCUGUUGUCAAAUCAGCUGAGAAUGGAAAUAUUGUAAUCAUUGGUGGUGGUGAUACUGCUACUGUUGCCAAGAAGUACAAUGCUGUUGACAAAUUGUCACACGUUUCCACUGGUGGUGGUGCCUCAUUGGAAUUGUUGGAAGGUAAGGAAUUGCCAGGUGUAGUUGCCCUUUCAAACAAAAACUAA